GAGCCCCGCCUCCCCGUGACCCUGGCGCCCACCUCGGCGCCUGUGUGUCCCACCCACUCGGGUCCGCGAAGUCAGGACGCGAUGGCCGCCCCGGCCCUGGCCCCGAUCACGCGGCAGGUCAGCGGCCGCACCGCCACAGUCCCGGUUCCGAGCUGCCCCGCCGCUGCUGCCCUGGUCCCGAGCGGCCCCGCGCGCGGGCAACCACUGGCCGACGCCGUGGCCGAGCUUCCCGUGCUGGACUCGAGCGGAAGGCGGGUGCCGUUCGGCGCGCUGUUCCGGGAGCGCCGGGCCAUCGUGGUCUUCGUGCGGCAUUUCCUGUGUUACACCUGCAAGGAGUACGUGGAAGAUCUAGCCAAAAUCCCCAAGAGUUUCUUACAAGAGGCAGAUGUCACCCUUAUAGUGAUUGGACAGUCAUCCUACCAUCAUAUUGAGCCUUUCUGCAAACUGACUGGGUAUUGUCAUGAAAUCUACGUUGAUCCUGAGAGAGAAAUUUACAAAAGAUUGGGAAUGAAAAGAGGUGAAGAAGUUACAUCCUCAGGACCGAGCCCCCAUAUAAAGUCAAACAUACUCUCAGGAAGCAUUUGGAGCCUGUGGCGGGCGGUGACCGGCCCGCUUUUUGAUUUUCAAGGAGAUCCAGUUCAGCAAGGUGGGACCCUCGUUUUAGGUCCAGGUCACUACAUCCAUUUUAUACACCGUGACAGGAAUAGAUUGGAUCACAAACCCAUCAACUCUGUUUUACAGCUUGUGGGAGUCCAGCAGGUGGACUUCACAGGCAGACCUUCAGUUAUCCAUGUGUGACAGACAGACUGCCACUUUCAGACGGACCCUCGCGAUGUGGCGUGACAUGUCGGAGUGUAUAUCCUUGUGUAGUGUCUACUUCGUCAGCCUUUGAGGAGUUCUGAAAACAUAGAGACAUGUACCAGUUGAACCGCAUGCUGAGAGGCAUUGAUUGUCAAAAAUGUGAUGUGUAUUUAUAAUUUUAUGGCUUUUAAAGUUUUAAACAAACUUUUAUUUAUACAAAAUACAACUUUUUUGUGUUUUUUCUUUGUUACUCCUCACUUGAGAAUAUUUUCUCCAUUGAUUUCCAGAGAGAGUAGUAUGGAAGGGGAAAGAAAGAGAGAGAGAAACAUCAAUUGAGAGAGACACAUUGAUUGGUUGCCUCCCGCAUGCACCCUGACCCUGGGCGGGGAUCGAGCCUGCAACCGAAGUAUGUGCCCUUGACCGGCAUUGAACCUCAACCCUUCAGUCUGUGGGCCAAUGCUCUGUUACCGGAGCCAAACUGGCUAGAGCCAAAAUAAAAUUUUAAAAGCCAUAAAAUAGUAAAUAAUAUUCUUUAUCUUAUAUUCUUAUAUAUCCAUUCAAUGAAAGGUUUUUUUGGGGGGGGCAUAAAAGCAUAAAUCCUUAUGAAGAACAAAAAAGGGGAAAGUUAAGCAAUUCAACACAGUUUUAUCCAGUGGAAAAAGUAAAAAAAGGAUAUUAAAUUCUUACCUGUUAUAUAACAUAA